AUGAGUUUUUCACUGGAUGCCCAUGCCAAAACUUAUGGUUCAUUGAUUUUUGCUAUUCCCCACAGUUGGAGGGACAGUCUAAUGAUACAGUAUGUGAUGUCAUCUUCUUCAGCAAGAAGACUACACUCCUGGAGUUCAGUUGAUGUUACACCAAAUCCAAGCACUCAACCCUCUACAACUGUCAAUAUUACUCGUGAAUACAACCGUGUCUUUAACCAUAUCUGCAGUGAGAUAUGGCCUGUCAUUCAUCCUGAAAACUUGUCUUGUGAAAACCCAGACUUAGUGCAAGGGGAAGUCCAUGAAGAACAACAGAUAUUGGUGCCGGUCCUUAAGCCCAGCCGAGAGAGUGCCCAAGAGGCACUUCAGCAUGUCAGACCUAGCACCCCUACUCAACUUGCCUCUGCCUAUUUUAAACAGAGUGAAGACGCUUUCCAUCUAUGCAUCCUACUCCAUGAUAGUGCACGCCGUGCUCGUUUCCUUUACCAUGAUAUACAUUACCUUCUCCACAGUCUUCCCCUAGAUUCGGAUCCUAACUCCCUCUCUGAAUCUCAAUGUGAGAAGGCUUUCGACACUUUCCUUCAAUUUGAUUACCUUGACAACCCCUUCCCAGACCCCAAUUCCCUCAACUUCGAAAACAUGCACUGCUUCUCCCCACUGAAUGAACGUCAUAACCGGCUUGCCAAGUCCGCCUCUAGGGCCGACCUCCUUUGUUGUCCUGCCUCUUGCUUCAUUUGUUUCAAAGGACCAUUACUCUCUGUAAUCCCUUUCAAGAUUGCUAAAAAGGAGCAGGCCCAUCUGCCACAGCUUGAUGCUGCUGCCAAGGGCACAUACUUCCUGCACAAUCACCUCAAAACAAUUGAAAUUUUGGUUAAACAUUUGUAUGAUUCUGUUGAAAGUGAUAAAAAUCUUGUUCGGCUUGGAUUAAAAAUAGGCAGGGACAGGUAUCUCAUCAGUGAGGUUGCAAAACAGCUUCAGAAGGACCAUCGUAUUUUCUUUAGUGACCUUAUGAGUUUUGAGAAACACCUAUGUAUAUGCUUUGGUGAAAUCAACAGUGAUAGAUCUCUCCUCCUUGAAGAGAUCAGUCUUCAUCAGUCACAUUCUCUCUAA